GAGCAAGAGUUUUCGAGAACACAAGGUUAUGCAAUGAUUCAACCAUGUUUUGUUUGGGACACUGUCACUACUCUUUUGUCUGUCACCAACUAGUGAAAAGAACUCCCAUUGUCUCCUGUGGUGGUCCAUUCUGUUCAGAGUAUCGAUCUCUAUUAUGACUGCCAUCCUGUAGGGGGCAAGUGGCUUUUGUGCAAACUCCUUGGCCUAGUUUCUCAAUCUUGAUUAUUGAUGAGUGGCGGAGAAUUACAUAAAACCCUGUUCCCCCGCAGUUCUCUGUACCCCGAUGUACACUAGGCCGGCCGGUUCAUGCAGGUCACAUGGUCAUUUAAUGUCCUCUGUGAAGAUUCAAGUGCAGUCAAAAAUUUUGGAAAGUACAUGUAGAGUUCAAUUAGAAGGUCACAGGCAGUAUCAUCCGUCUAGACUUGCUCGGUAUCAGUCGGACAUUGAUUAAGACGGAAAGAUGGCUACAAUUCCCACGGGUACAAUCUUAGCAGCACAGAGGUGUCGUGAGGUACAGCGUCAUCAGAAAUUGGCUUCGCUGCGGUCAGAGCCCAUCGGUAUUGCUGGGUCUCCGAUAGGAUCUCCAGAAUGCACACCUCCGGCUAGCCCAAGAAAAACAGAGUUUGGUGUGAACACAUUUGCCAAGCUCUACCAGCUGAUCCACCCCCGCUCCAUUCCCCAGGAGGGGGAGAUAGGGGCUCCUGGUAGUCCCCGCCAGGGGGUAUCCCAUUCCAAGUUCUCCCAGCUCCUUCACCAUCGCUCCGUAUCCCAUGAGAGUGAUAUGACGUCCCCUCCUAUGAGUCCUACCAGCCCAGGAUUAGAUGCAUCCCAUUCCAACCUUUCUCCCAUCAUGCAUCACCAGGAGACAUCGGUCGGAGGGUCGGCGAGCGGCCAGACCCAGAGCCUGGAGGCGUCACACCACACCUCCUCCAUCACCUCCAUGACGUAGAUUAAGCCUACCCUCAGCAUACAUAAAACCCAACCAAGACGUCGUCGCGCUGCCAGGCACGACCCAACAUACCCACACAGCUCUUUCUCAGAGUGAAACUAGAAAAGGAACCUGUGUUUUGUUGCAAUAUCAUAUAUAUGCUAAAGAUUAUACUUGUAGAAAUGCCAUGUUGUGCACUGUAUGGUGCUUUAGUGAAGACCCCUAUUAGGGCAUUGAUUUGUGUGUGUGUGUGUUGUCUGUGUAAAUUUAAUAUAGUGGAUAUAUAAUGAUGUUUUUUAAUGGCAGUUAUAGAGUUGAUUUUCACUUUAAA